AUGCCCAAUCUACUCAUAACCUACCAAUGGCUCUCGGCAAUAUCAAUUUCUGUCAUCUCAUCUCAUGGCAAGGCAGACUGCUUUCAAUGCAAAAAAAAAAAAAAAAAGACGGACGGCAACAAGGCUGCACGCCUUUGCCACCGACUUGGAAUUACAUUGGCCAUGUAG